GACACAGAAUAAUGUGGGGUUUUGUUUGUUGACCGUGUCAUUAUUAUUAGUUUCUUUACUUUCUUUUUUAAAUUGUAACCACAGAGCUGUUUUGACGCUAGUAUUUUUAUAAUUCCACAGUUCGUUGCAAAAUCAACAAACAUUGCAUCAAUCUUACAAAGCAUUUUUCAUGUUGUCUUUGGCAUAAAAAGAAAACAUGAGGAAAGCAGGACUUAUAAGUGCAUUUACUCGACGCUUCUCACGAGAAGGAUCAUCAAACACAUCACAUGUAAAAGUAGGCCAGUGGGAUAUGAUUGGGCCACCGAAUCCUGUUUCAAAUCUAAGGCCAGUUAUUUUUCGAAUUAAGCCUAAUGAAUCCAAAGUUGAAGAAGAAUUUCGUCUACGCAGAGGUGAGGUCCAAGAAUGGAAUGAGAGGUUCUGGCAUGGUCACAACACAAGCUUUUUCAAGGAGCGAGAAGCGUACAUCGCUUCACACCUUCCAUCAGAUUCACCUGGAAAGGAGAAGAGAACAUUAUCAGCAAAAGAAAUGUCUGUAUUUUACAAACAGUUCCUCGACAAAAACUGGAAAGUUCAUUUGGAGUACAAUAUUGAAUGGUACAGGAAGAAUAUAGGUCUAGUUUUCUUAGCACUGAAAGUGAAAGUACAUCACUGGCUUCACAAAGUUCACUCUUCAACUCCAAGAACUCGAUAA